AUGGCGACGCAGUGUGCUGAGGAGAGCAUCUAUAACCUCCUGCCCCGCCUGGAUGAGAGGCCUGUCAAACCUCCCAGGUAUAUAUCCACUUUUAGACCAUCUGUGAAAUGUGAAGCAGAGAAAAAUAAAGCUCAGUGGAAAACUAUGGGACCAGCAAAAGUUGCGGUGCCAUCUCCAAAAAAUUUUCUGCAGAAACAUUCAAAGGAACCCAAGCUACCACCCAAGAGAAAAAAAGAACAGGAUAGUAGGAAAUUGCCCGCAUUAUCAGUGCCACGGAGGACAGAUCACCCAGUUAUGGGAAUUCAGAGUAAAAAGAAUUUUAUAAAUACAAAUGCAGUGGCUGCUAUCACAGGAUUGCCUAAAAAGCCUCAACCUAUUUAUGUUGAUAGAAGACAGGGAGAUAAAUUUCUGCUUGAAACUUCAGGACUUGUUCCAAAAUAUAUUAAAAAAAAGGAUUAUGGUGUUACACCAAAAUAUGUAGCACAGAGAAACGAAGAAAUAAAGAGAGCUCAGAAAGAAUAUGAGGCCGGUAUCUUGGAGCAUCUCAAGAAAAGAGCCAUGAAACAGGUAUCUGAUGAAGAAAGGAGAAGUCUUCUGCAGGGGCUGAAAAAGAACUGGGAGGAAGUGUAUCGUGAAUUUCAGGGUCUUUCGGUAGAAAUAGACACCAUACCCAAGAAGUUACAUAAAGAAAAGCUGGAAUCACAGAUGAAACAACUGGAACAUGACAUAGAAGUAAUUGAGAAGCACAAAGUUAUCUACAUUGCAAAUGAGUAAGGACUGUUUUUCAGAUAUUGCCUCUUUCCUCCUUUUCUUUUUCUCUAUCCCUACAUCUCCAAGAAGCAACCCCCUAAAUUCUCAGAAGAAAUUGACACCGCCAACUAUUCAGAAGGAAAUAUUCAACUAAUACAAGUAUGUAGCUUCUU